AAAAUCACCAUGGCCACAACGGAUUUGUCGGAGGAGGAUCUAUCGGCGCCCGAAGAGGAGGAGGAUUUGGGUCCCAACAUAGGCCUCUAUAUAGGCGGUCGUAAUGCGGCAGGACAAAGACACGGCAGAGGUUGGGCUAUCCUGCCCAAUGGCGAUCAGUAUGAUGGGAACUACCGGAAGGGCCGCCGCCACGGAAUCGGGCUUUACGUGUUCAAGGACGGAUCAAGGUACUACGGGCAGUACCGCUGUGGCAAGCGCUGUGGGCGUGGCAUCUUCAUCUAUCCGGAUGGAUCUGUGUACGAGGGCAACUGGCGCAAACACUUAAAGCACGGCAAGGGGCGGUACAACUACGUGAAUGGGGACACCUAUUCAGGCGACUGGUUCAAGGGUCAACGACAUGGGGUGGGAAUCUAUCGCUUUAAUAAUGGCACGGAUGCCUGUUGCUUAUCCGUAAGAAUGAAGGCCACCUGGAACAGCAACAUGCGAACGGGUCCCUUCGAGCUGUACAUCGGGAACGAAGACAACUGCACCAUUCUACACGGAAUUUGGGACUCAUUAUAUCCGAGUGGACCGGCCGUGUUCAGUUUUAACAACCGGUACAUGCUGCUGGGCUAUUUCCUGCCCGCAAACUACAACUUUAGGGCGAUCGGCAACGAUGAUCAGAUGGAGGACAUUGAGGAGCAGUUGGACGACGAGCAGGGCACCGAAUCGACCAUGGCGCCCACUCUGUGGUUCGCCCAGGAGAUCGCUGUCUACGACUUCUCACUGCUGCCACAGGAGCCGGUUCCUCUGGCCGUUUCCGACUCUGAGUUGUCCGUCUGCUCGCUAUCCACUGUGCCGAGCAUCCGCAGCGAGGAGAAGAUAAGUUGGUACGGGGAGGGUGAAGAGGCCGAAGGCGAGGAGGGUGGCGAGAUGGAGUGCUUCCCCUGUGAGUGCGAUCUCACUGAUCUCAGCGAGGUGGAGACGGAGAGCGAGGUGUGCAAGAUCGACGCCAAUCCAUGUUGUAUCGAAAUCCUCAAGCAGCCAGAGUGCCCGAAUCCUUAGGAUAGUAGCUUCUUGCCCACAUUAUUUUGUUAUUGUUAUUAAACGUUUCCUGCAAGUGAAAGAAUCUUAAUAUAUUCUAAGAAAAACAUAAUACGAACAUUUUAAGUUAGGCCA